AUGGCCAACUUUCUCGCCUCCAUCUUCGGCACUGAGCAAGACAAAGUCAACUGCUCGUUCUAUUACAAGAUCGGCGCCUGCCGCCACGGCGACCGGUGCUCCCGCAAACACGUCAAACCCAGCUACUCGCAAACGAUCCUGAUGCCGAACCUGUACCACAACCCCGCCUUCGACCCCAAGAACCGGAUGAACGCGUCGCAGCUGCAGAACCACUUCGACGCCUUCUACGAGGACAUCUGGUGCGAGAUGUGCAAGUACGGCGAGCUGGAGGAGCUGGUGGUGUGCGACAACAACAACGACCACCUGAUCGGCAACGUGUACGCGCGCUUCAAGUACGAGGACUCAGCCCAAAAAGCGUGCGACGAUCUGAACUCUCGCUGGUACGCUGCUAGGCCGAUUUAUUGCGAACUCAGCCCCGUGACGGAUUUCCGCGAGGCCUGCUGCCGUUUGAACUCUGGCGAGGGUUGUGUCCGUGGAGGGUUUUGUAACUUUAUACACCGCAAGAACCCCAGCCCGGAGCUGGAGAGGGAGCUCGAGCUCAGCACCAAGAAGUGGCUCAAGAUGAGACCGCGGAGCCGCAGCCCGACGCGCUCGCCCAGCCCGGAACCGACUAGGAGACGGUAUUAGGAGUUGCGGUGUUUCAUGCUGGACAGAGUUGACGGUGGAGGACGGACGGCCAUGCGAAACAGACAUGGGGGUGUCGUAGUUUUUUUUUCCACGAACCAGAGAAACGAAAAGAGGAGACAGAGGUCGGUUCUGGCUCAGUGACCGGAAGUCAACGUCAAGAGGCAGGUUGCACAUUUCGCGCGGGGACAGCGGUGGAAUGAAGAAAUGGUUUAUGAAUGAGAAUAUGGGGAUAUCAAUUACAAGAAAGGCUCGGUCUGUCCCAAUUUGCAUAGCCGGGCCAAGGUCAUCAAGUUAGUCUUGGAGUAGGGGCGUUCUCGAUUACUACUGGAAUGUUGAAGUUAUGGCCUCGGCUAUACAUCACGAGCCUCAUACCUGGUUGUGUUAUAUGUAUAUUAACAGUUUAAUAAAGGUUCUCCAAAACCUUCCCCCC